AUGACUCCACCUCCACCUCCACAUCCAACUCCACCACCACAACCACCACAUACACUGCCACCACCACCACAUCCUCCUUUGCGACCACCACCAACAAGAUGCAACCGCCGCCACCACGACCACUACCUUCUCCUCAACCUCCACCACCAACACCACCACAACUACCACUACCACAACCACCACAUCCACAUCCACCACCUCAACCUUCACCUCCAUCUCGUUCAACACCACCACAUGAUUAGCGCAUAA